GUUUAAAGUAACUGAACUGAACGAGUGCCAAUGUAUAUAUAAUAUUGGUUUAUUUCUUGUUGCUGAAAGAUAUCGAUUGCAACACCACAGCAUCGAAAUCAUCUUUUGAAUAUCAAAAAUAUUUCAAAACAGUGAGGAAAAACGGCAACUGGUUAGCAACUGACGAUGUCAUAUCAAGUUAUGUUGUUCAUUCUGAAAUUGAAUGCUCCUUAAAGUGCCUGGAAGAACAAAUGUGUGUGGCUUACAACUACAGACCUAAAUUAGCACGAGAUGAAAUAAACUGUCAAAUCAGCAAUAGUACUUCACAAAAGGAUGUUAAAGUUUUUGCAAAGGGAGAGUGGAUACUUCACCAAGACUUGGAAACAUUUUGCAGUUGCGAGGAGAAUCUAUCUCUGGGGGAAACAUUCAAAAACCUCUGUAAAGAACAAAAUAUCACCUUCCAUUGUUAUCACGAUAAAAUGGAAAGAACAUGUCAACGUGGAAUCUACUUUUCCAUUUAUAUUUCUGCUCACAUCAAAUGUUUAUCGGUCAGUAGCAAUGACAUCGUUGUAGGAAAGCCCUGUGAGCCAAAUGACGCAAAGCAAAAAUGGUCGUGGAUAAAUGGAGGAAAUCAACUCAUUAACAAAAACUCGAAUAAAUGUCUGGAUGUUGAAGGCGAGAUUAAAUUUAAAAGCAAGGUUCGUGUGUCUUGUUGUGAUAAUAGUGUACCUGGCCAACGCUGGUCAUGUUCUGAAGACUUCAUUCUGGUCGGUGGAACAAUUUUUAGGUUAUACCUAGGUACGAAGUGUCAAUUAUAUAAGGCUUGUCUAGGUAAUAACAAUGGCACAUGGAAUCAUUGGAAAAUCUUCGGUACAACAGAAAACAUAUGUACUGCAAAGCCUUUAGGUAAUUCCUAAAGUUUUCAUUACUUCUGAACAGUACUUCAUAUACAAUGCAAAGAAA